AUUUUCAGGAAACAGCCAUGAACUAUCACGGAAAGUGAAACACACCACCCUCACUCUCCCAACUUUCUCCUUUCUCCUUCCUCCUUCCUUCAUCUCUUUCUCUAUAUAUCAACCACUUCUCCACAACAAACACACCCAUCAAAAAUGGCAACUCUUCCAAGACCACCCUCCAAAGACAAGGACAUCAUUGGCAGAUUCAUGCUCCAUGCUCGUUGCAAGAAGCACCCCAAACAUCGUCAAUCACCUGGCGUAUGUUCUCUUUGUCUCAGAGACAAGCUUUCUCAACUUUCCUCCGACUCACCCUCUUCCUCUUCUUCUCGCAAAGCAAACUCUAUUUCUUCUUCUCCUUCAUCUUCCGUUUCUUCUUCUGUUUCCUCCUAUUCCUCUUCUUGUGCCUCUCCCACAGCAGCCCUUCCUUUUCCUUUCUCCAAUGAACCAAGGACCGCCUCCAUCUUUCUCUUCACCGCCAAGCACGCUGGAUUCCUAAAAAGCAAGUCAAUGAGCGUUCUUUCCACCAGGAGAAGGAGAACAAGAAACGAAGGUGAAGCUGAUGAUGAUCCUGUUAAGAAUAAAACUGCCAAGAAAAGUGGCUUCUGGUCCAAGUUGCUUCAUCCCAAAAGCAAGAGAAUGGAAGAGAUCAAGGUUCAUACUACGUCUCUAAUACAAACACUGGCAUAGCCAUCCAUGUUCGUGUAUUCCUUCAUCAUGUUCAUUAUUCUUUCUUUCAAAUCCCACCCUACAAUUUGAGUGGAUUAUAAGAAUUGUUGAAUAUUAAUUACUCUAUAUACCUCUCCAAUCUCCUUUCUGCAAAAGCAAGACAGAAAAAUAGAGCUCUUGUAUUGCAUGAUAGGAUUGUGUAAAUAAACACCUUUUUCAUAUUGAUGAUUAACAGAGAGGGAAUAAUUAAAGGCUUAUGCAUAAGCAGAAGUACGAACAGUACGUAUAUAUUAAAUUGUUGACAGAAGAGAUUAUUAUUCCUUUUAGAUCUGAUUCGAUGGAAGAAUUAGCAUGGUUAUUCAUCCAUCCAUGG